AUGGCCUCGAGUUGGCCAGAACGGCAGCAGCAGCCGCCUAAUGAGAAGUCGGUGAGCACGGGGCCGGUGUUGGUGCCUAGUCCCCCCUCUGCAAGCGAAGAGCAGCAUGACGGCGAUGAGAAUCUGCCCCCUCGAGACAGUGGCAGAGCCGCUUGGACCAGUCUCAUUGCCGUUUCCGUCAUUGCAAUGGCAACUUGGGGCUUCGGGGCCACCCAGGGCGUGUUUCGAGAAUACUAUUUCAAGACUCCUCCUCUAGAAGGGAAUCAAUUGGUCGCUUCUACCGGCCUGUUAGUGGUGGGCCUGUUGCAAACCCUGCCGCCCUUUCUGCUCAAGAUCAUCACUGCCUACCCUCACUAUAGAGUCUACAUGAUGUGGAGCGGCAUGCUUCUAGUGGUAGCAUCCUCAAUCGGUGCUGCCUUCUCUAUUUCUGCAGUGCAGGUUAUCAUGACACAAGGGCUCAUGUAUGGGUUCUCGAGUGGCCUUCUCUUCGCACCUUGCUUAAGCUUCGUGGAUGAGUGGUUUCUCAAUCGACGUGGUAUUGCCAACGGCAUCUUUUUCGGGGCCCCUAAUAUCGCGGCUGCCGGUCUCUCUCCAAUCUUUUCCGUUCUGUUGAAGCGCUUCGGGCCUCGUACAACCUUAAUUGGAUGGGCUGUGUUUACAGCAGUAAUCAUAUCGCUUGGCAUUCUAUGCGUCCGCCCUCGUCGUACAAGCAAAGCGGAGAUGGAGGCUGCAGCUCGGCAACAAUCGUCUACCACCAGAGUUUUCAGAAAGCCGGUGUUCUGGCUCUUUGUUUUUUCGAUGACGCUACAGAGUCUGGCAAAUAAUCUACCUGCGAACUACUUGCCCAGUUACGCUACGGAUCUCGGUAUCUCACCGGAGAAAGGUGCAUUGCUGGUCACAUUCUUGUCGCUGUUUGGAAUCAUCGGCCAAAUCUCUCUUGGAGCCUUGACAGAUGCGAUCGGACCUUUGAUACCCAUGCUGCUAAGCACCCUCGUGAGCAGCUUUGCGGUCUUUGUUGUGUGGGGAUUGGGCAGAUACUACUGGAAUAUGGUGAUCACUUCGAUCUUAUUUGGAGCAUUUGCCUUCAGCUUCAUGGUUCUGCGAAGCCACAUGGCGGCCAUUGCGGUCGACGAUCCCGAGCGGCCGGCCGAGGAACUCUUUGUCUCCGGCAUCCUCCUAUUCACUAGAGGUGUCAUAGGCGUGGCGUCAGGCUAUAUCGCUGCGGCUGUUCUCCAAGACAGCGAGCAUAUUGGAAUACAGCCUGGGUACGGUGCUGGAAAGUGGCGCUCAUUGAUCAUUCUGUUGGGAACUACGAUGACAGCAGCUACCCUAGGAGCCUUCGGACUUCUAAAGAAACGGAAGACAACUUAA